CUCAGCGCGGACGAGAAGGCGCACCUGGAAAAGAUCGCGGCGAUGAUCGGCACGCCUGGGAAGGGCAUCACCGCGUGCGACGAGGGCCCGGGCACGAUCGGCGACCGACUGGCCGCGGUGGGCGUGGAGAACACCGAGGAGAACCGCCGUUCGUACCGCCAGGUCUUGUUCGAGGCGCGCGACGCGAACGAAUACCUCAGCGCGGCGAUCUUAGACCCGGAGACUCUGUACCAGAAGAGCAGCGACAGCGGGGAUCUCUUCCCGAAGGUGCUGAUGGACCGCGGGAUCGUCCCGGGGGUGAAGCCGCACCUGAAGGUGUACGCGCUCCCGGGGCAGAGCGGCGCGACGGUCAUGCAAGGCCUCGACUCGCUCGCGGCGCGGUGUGCGGAGUACAAGGCCGCCGGGUGCGAGUUCGCGAAGUGGCGGUCGCCGAUGGAGAUCGACGUCGCGAACGGUCAGCCCUCGGACGUUAUCAUCGAGGCGAACAUGAGAGACCUCGCGAGGUACGCGUUGAUCUGCCAAGCCGAGGGGCUCGUGCCCAUCGUGGAGCCGGACGUGAGCCUGAAGGGCGACCACGACCUCGAGACCGCGGUGCGGGUCAACUUGAAGAUUCAGUCCGAGCUGUUCAAAGCGAUGCUCGACCACGGCGUGUACAUGGAGGGCGCGGUGUUGAAAUCGAACAUGGUGAACCCGGGGAAGGACUGCGCGACGUCGUACACCGUGGACGAGAUCGCCGUCGCGAACCUUCAGGUGUUUCGCCGAUGCUUCCCCACCGCCAUGGUCACCGCGAACUUUCUGAGCGGCGGGCAGUCGUUAGAGGACGCCGCCGCGCGUCUCGACGCGAUCAACAAGCACAAAGGGCCGAGGGAUCCGUGGAACUUGUCGUUCUCCUGGUCCGCCGCGAUUCAGAUGCCGCUGUUCCAGCUGUGCAAGGGCACGGGCGAGCUGCAGCUGGAAGCGAUGGGAGAGCUGUACGUGAAAGAGCUCGCGAUCGCGAGCGCGGCGGCGCGCGGGGAAUGGACGCGGAGCGGCACGGACGGCGACCACAAGGGGAAAAAGUGAAGUGAUGCGUAUAGCGUAUCGUGAUCGCGUAGUCGUCGUCGUCGUCGUCGUCGUCGUCGCGAUGUGAUAAAAAAUCGCGGAGAAAU